AUGGCAUCAGAAGCAGAGAAAACAUUCCGUCAAUUUGCUGCCUUUGGAGAAAGCUCCAGCAGUGGCACUGAAAUGAACAACAAGAACUUCUCCAAACUCUGUAGAGACUGUGGCAUCAUGGAUAACAAGGCAGUGACCUCCACAGAUGUGGACAUUGUGUUCAGCAAAGUGAAGGCCAAGAGUGCCAGAACCAUCACAUUUCAACAGUUCCAAGAGGCAAUGAAGGAACUGGGCCAAAAGCGGUUCAAGGGGAAGAACCCAGAUGAGGCUCUGGAGGGCAUUUAUCAACUCAUGGAAGGCAAGGUCCCAGCCACCACUGGUGUUACUAAAACAACAGCAGUGGGCGCAGUUGACCGGCUCACAGACACCAGCAAGUACACUGGCAGCCACAAAGAGCGCUUUGAUGAGAGUGGCAAGGGUAAGGGUAUCGCAGGACGGGAAGAGACUGCAGACAACUCGGGCUAUGUGAGCGGCUACAAGGGUGCCGGCACUUUUGAUAAGAAGAGCAAGUAG